AUGAGUCCAAUCCUUGCAAUCUGCCUUUUGUUGCCACUGCUGAAUUCAGCCGGCGCUAUUGAUUGUGAACUUUCUGUCGAAAAUGGCUGUGCAGUGGAGAGAGAGAGUGCGAAUCAAUCCCAGUCCGCAAUUGUUCUUAUGCAAACAGUGGCAAGCUUGAGACUUCCCAAGCCCAACACCCUGGAAAGGGCAAUAGCAGACAAAGUGUUGCACAAGACUGUUAUCCCUCGAGAGACAAGUGGAAAUUCAUCUGGCAAGACGGCUCCUCCAGACAACAGCACUCAGGAAGAACACACCACCUUUGCACACGCCAAGUAUGUCAAGAAAGGGGAAAAAGAAGUUGAUGUUCAUGUCAAAAUUGCACGACCGAAAGAUAUUCUCACAAUCUUCGCUUGUAUAUAUUUGCCUCUCUCAUCAGCUUGGCUCUACUACUACUAUACAGGACGCCAUGAUGAAGGCGACCAACGGCUGUUCUUGCUGCUUUUGCAGACUACUGUUGCCUCGUUAACCCUUGGCACUGUCCUGGUGAAUCAAUCACUGUCGGUUCUGAUGAAGUCACCCAUGAUUCUGACCGCUAUGCAGAGCCUUUCGAUGUUAAUUUUCGGCAUCUUCAUCACAGGACUGCACUUUGUGAACCAUACCAGGCCAUUGUUGGAGGUGCUUGGCAGGGAACUUCUGACCUGGCUUCCUGCAGCGGCUGCUUUUGGUGUCUAUCAGUUGGCCGAUCACUUGGAAGCAAACUAUUGUUCAUUGUCUGAGAGGACGGUCUUUGGCAACCUAGCGCCCGUUGUUGGUUUAUCCCUGGAAGUGGCCAUGAAACCAUGUUUGAAGCAUCGUAGUUCUGAAGCCGCUUUCACCAGCUUGGCGUCAAAGGCCGCUCUUGGUCUAAAGGUCUUUGGAGCCGCAGUCUUUGCAUUGCAAUAUCCUGACUUCAACACUGUGGGUAUGGAAGUGUCCUCUCUAUUCGUUUUCACCAUGGUGGGCUACAGACUCACACAACGAUUCCUGCUGGACCGCCUUUCAGAGUCGCCGGUGGCACUGCUAACGAUGGUUGACGCAAUUGUCAGUCUGAUAAUCUCUGGUGGUCUGAGCUUCGUGGAGGUUGAAGAUAUGCACGAGACGGUCCACCUCUGGCUUAACGAUCCUUCGAUCUUUAUCAUGCUGCUGCUGUCAUUUGCGACAUUCAGCCUUGGGCAUUGGACAACACUGCACCUGGUAAAGGCCGACACUGCAACUGCGACCAUGGUCAUUGGGAACAUUUCCAGUGGUUUCAGUGUGAUUCAAGGCAUCUUUUUCUUCAACGACAGCGACUUCCAGAGACCCUUAGCCUUCGACGCUUGCUGCACAUAUCAGACAAAGUCUUUUCAUGAGCCCAAGAUUCUUGAGCUUGACCUAAUGUAUAGCGAGUUGUCCCGUGUGGUGGCAGCAGUGGCCUUACAUGAGGUCGACAGAAGGGACCUCUUCCUGAACCACGGCAAGAUCGAGAUUUCUUCGACCUGUUUUUGUGUUCGGACCACACCGCCAGAUUUAGAGCGGGAAUCACAGCGUGAACUCAAAUGCGGCAAGGCCGAGACUCGGACCAGAAGGGCCACGGACCCACCGAAUAUCGACGAACGUCAGUCCCUCAAGUGCCGUGUGGCACCCUGGUUCAAGUGGAAUCCUGAGACCACUUCUAGUGGCCAGCGUGGCACGUCGUCGGGACACGUGAACAGGAUUGAGCGACCUGCCAUGGCAUUGGAAUUUUGUGUAGAUCCCGGAGUGCUGAAUCAACAAGCAGGGCCAAAUUUUGUGGCCAAUUGCAGAGCCCUGACCGACCUGCUGGACGGCCUCAUGGGCUCAGUGGCAGCUCCUCAGAGCGAUCCCACUUACCGGGUGCACGGCUCAAUGGCAAACGGAGAGGUAGCUGAUUGUGAAGCAGGGACCUCCCUGCCUGUGCCACCUGCUUUUGACCAGUGCAGCCAGGCAUCGAUAGAAGAUGGCGAUGAAGCCGCAGCCUCUGCUGGGGAAGCCGAUCUCGAGGAUCCAUUGGUCAUCGAACAGGAAGAGCUGUUCGGGCCUGCAGAACUUGACCCCAGUUUUGGAAGCGAAGAAGGAAUCGCUUCAGGAAGUGAGGCUCCAGUGGGUCCGCUAGAGUCGAUGCUUUCCCGAGGAGCACCGGCCAGAGAGCGCGACUCUUCGCAGCUCAGUCCAAGAGGUUCCCAAAUAUUGGACUCCAUGAUCACCCAGGCAAUGUUGAGUGCCUCCCUGGCAGACAACUUGGCUUUACCAUGGGAAAGUGGCAUAAUGUCAGCUGUCUUCAGUGAUGAUCCCAUUGUGCCUAUGCCUGUUGAAGUUCGGGUGACACACCAUUUGGACCCAGCUGCUCCGACAGGAGGCGUUGGUCAUGAUGACGUGGCAGGAUCGCCGCCAAAGAGGCCGAGGCUCACGACCUCAACUCUCAGACGCUAUGAGCGGGUUAUUUCGUUUGGAAACACUCUCACUGAUCCUGAGAUCGAUGAGGCCAGAUGGAACAGGGCCUUGGGGAAGCUUUAUGCCAUUAUGGUGUCGUGCCCCGCUGGAACCCCACCAGGGGUAGACUUCAAGGACAAGAACAUUGAUCCCUGCCUCAGACAGAUCAGGUUGCUGUGUGGGUCUCGAAGCCCAAAUACAGUGGCGAAGCGAGCCAACAGCUUAGCCAAGUAUUGUCUCUGGCACAGAGGUUUCUACUACAGGCGACGCCCGAUCCCGAUAUGUGCUGAGGAAGUCUCAGAGUAUGUUUGGGAAAAACACCAGGACGGAGUCACUUUGAGUGCCUUGACAGGCUUCAUAGAGGCCGCGCAUUUCGCCGUCCAUGUCCUAGGCCUUCCUCUGAAAUCUCCAAACAAGCCACUGGUGACUGCCUUCACGAAGGGCGUCCUGGACAAAACAUCCAUCAACAGACCCGAGAAGAGACAAGCGAGCCAGGUCAGGUUCAACAGCGUUCCAGAGAAGGUUCCGGCCUGGAGUGACCGCGUGAAGUGCGUGGACUUUCAUCCCUCGGAGCCAUGGACUUUGUCAGCUCUCUACUCAGGAAAUAUCUUCAUUUGGGAUUACAACACGCAGACACUUGUGAAGCAAUUCGAGGUCUGCAAUUUGCCAGUGCGGUGUGCAAAGUUUGUCACUCGCAAGCAGUGGAUUGCGACGGCAUCCGAUGACAUGCACAUCCGCGUCUUCAACUACAACAGCUUGGAAAAGGCUCACGAGUUUGAGGCACACACAGACUAUAUCCGCUACAUUGCCAUCCACCCGACCUUACCGUACCUUCUGUCUUCAUCGGAUGACAUGUCAAUCAAGCUUUGGGACUGGGACAAGAAUUGGCAGAACCUUCAGGUUUUUGAGAGCCAUGCGCACUAUGUGAUGAUGUGCCAGUGGAAUCCGAAGGACACAAACAUUUUCUGCUCUUGCUCCUUAGAUCGCUCCAUCAAGGUUUGGGGAGUUUCUGGUGGUGCAGGUGGCUCAAGCAAUUGUCACUUUACCUUGACUGGGCAUCAACGCGGUGUGAAUUGUGUAGAGUAUUCACCUGGAGGUGAGAAGCCAUACAUCAUUUCAGGGUCCGAUGACAGGACGGUGAAGAUCUGGGACUACCAAACUAAGCAGUGCAUCCAGACGCUCACUGGUCACACCAACAACGUGUCAUAUGCAUUGUUUCAUCCAGCCUUGCCGAUCAUCUUGACUGGAAGUGAGGAUGGCACCGUGAGAAUAUGGCACGGCUCUACUUACCGCCUUGAGGCAACACUUAGUUAUUUCCUGGAGCGCGUUUGGUCAAUCUCCGUCCUGAAAGGAUCCAAUACAGCUGCUCUUGGAUACGAUGAGGGGACCGUGGUCAUCAAAUUGGGCAGUGAGGAGCCAGUUGCAUCAAUGCAUUCUGGCAAAAUCAUUUGGGCCAAAGGAAAUGAGAUCCAGACCGCCAACUUGAAGUUGUUGGACGAGGGUGUCACAGCUAGAGAGGGUGAGAAAGUUCCCCUCAGUGUCAAGGACAUGGGCGCUGCGGAAGUCUUCCCGCAGUACAUUGCCCAUCACCCGAACGGCCGACUGUUUGCAGUGUGUGGUGAUGGCGAAUUCGUCAUCUACACAGCUCAGGCUUUGCGCAACAAGUCUUAUGGACCUGCAUUGGAGUUUGUUUGGGCUCACUCUGGCGCCUAUGCAACGCGAGACAGCAAUGGCAAGAUCACAGUUUUCCAGGACUUCAAGGAGAGCUUCUCCUUUAAGCCUCAGUUCAAUGUCGAAGAGAUCUUUGGAGGACGUUUGUUGGGUAUCCGUGGUGGGGACUUCAUUUGCUUCUAUGACUGGACGGAGUAUCGUUUGGUUCGCCGCAUUGACGUGGUGCCCAAAGAUGUGAUUUGGUCAGAAGAUGGCACCAACGUGGUGCUCAUCUGCCCCGAUUCCUUCUAUGUGCUCAGGCAUGACAAAGAGGCGGUGCAAGCUGCGCUGGUCUCUGGUGUAGCUGUUGACGAGGAUGGCAUUGAAGCCGCAUUCGAUUUGCAGAACGAAAUCAGCGACAAGGUGAUCAGUGGCCUAUGGGUUGGCGAUUGCUUUGUCUACAUCUCCCAUGCCCAGCGCCUGACUUGCCUCGUGGCAGGCUCACAGGAGACCCUUGCCCAUUUGGACAGAGUUCAGUACUUGCUUGGAUACAUGCCAGAGCAGUCCAAGCUUUACCUCAUUGACAAAGAGCUCAAUGUGACACCUUUCACCCUCCACAUGGCGCUGAUCGAGUACCAGUCUGCAAUCAUGCGCAAGGACUUCCCUACAGCUGAGACUUUCUUUGCCCAGUUGCCUGAGUCCUUGCACAAUCGCAUCGCGCGCUUUUUGGAGAAUCAGGGCUACCAAGCUGAAGCCUUGCAGAUCUCGAAGGACGAUGAACAUCGCUUUGAACUGGCAACGCAGCUGGGCAAGCUGCAAAUGGCUGCAGAUAUCAUUGUCAGCAUCUCCGCUCAGGCAAACCCAGCCAUGCCUCCUCGUGGCAAGUGGAAGAACCUGGGUGAUGUAGCUCUGGAGCAAGGUGACUUCACCUUGGCCAAGCGCUGUUUCAGUGAAGCGAAGGACCUUGGAGCUCUCUUUUUGCUCUACACUUCGGUUGGUGAUGCUGAAGGUGUUCUAAACACUGGCAAACUGGCGGAGGAAAGCAACAUUGGCAACAUUGCUGUGCUUUGCUACUUGUUGCUGGGCGAAACCAAACGUGCCUUGCAGGUGCUCAUCAACGCCAAUCGUUUGCCUGAAGCGGCGUUCUUUGCCAGGACGUACUGUCCGAGUGAGCUGUCCAGAGUUGUGCAGAUCUGGACAGAAGACUUGGCAAAGGUGAACCAGGCCGUGGCCGAAUCUUUGGCCGAUCCUGCGAAGUAUCCUGAUCUUUUCCAGGAUUAUGAUCUGACUCUUGCAGCAGAGAAGGUCUUCGAGGCCAAGAGAAAGAACCCGCCAGUUGCCUCCGCCUAUGCAACAGAAAAGGAGUUUUUGGAGAUGGAUGUGAUUGAAGAAAUGAAGAAGUUGGGCCCUGAUGGUUUCCAGAGUAUGUUGCUCAAAGGCCCUUUGGUGGAGCGACCAGCGGCGGUGCCAGAGCCAGUCAAGCCCAUGGCCCCUGUGGCACCCGUGGCACCCGUGGCACCCGUGGCACCCGUGGCACCGGUGGCACCAGUGCAGCCGGUGCAUAUUCCACCAGUGGCAGUGGAUCCAAUCCCUGAGUCGCAGCCCACGCUUGACCUGCUGAUGCCAGAGCCGGCACCAGUGCCUGCGCAAUCGGCGCCUGAAACGGUGGUGGAGUCCUCCUCUCCGGAGUUGCUGGUACCUGAUGCAGCAGCACCGCCAGAAUCUGCCGGAGAGCCUCCUGCUCCAGAGCAAAGUGGUGGAGGCAAUGCCGAUUUGGUAGACCUCCUCUAG